GGCGUUUCCAGCUUCGUGCCUACUUCACCUCCUCGCCCUCCCACGUCGGAUUCGGACUAAGCAACCUUGCCCACCUUCCUACUGUCCACCCGCAUAGAAAAAAACAUCACACUACAAAUUAUGGCUCAACCCAUUCUCAAAGCCUUCCCACGUUCAACCUCAUCCCUCAGCCCCGUCUAACACGGGACUGAAGGCUCUUGACUCACUCUUGCGCGCUACCGCAACCAAACCACCAUCACCAUCACCAUGGGUCCUCUUUGACUUCAUCUUCAUCUACCCUCCUGCCUCUCUGCCUCUCUGCCUCUCUGUCCUCGACUACCUCCUCGUCUCCCAUCAAACGCCCUUGGAACAACACCUUGAGAGUCUUUUACAUUCAUUUCAUCACCGUAUCGCAGUAAUCCUCCACUCAUUUUCCGUCCCUCUGCCCUCAUCGGUGUGCAAGUUUGAAAGGGACUUUAAUCCUCCCUGUACCAGACCUUGAGUUCGGCUUUCAUAAGUUUGACAAAAAGAAACUGCGGUCUCAAUCAUGGCGAAGCAGUACUCCAUGACCUCUCGCAGCGGAUCUGAUAACCAGCGUUAUGGAUCGAAAGGCGAGAGGCUCGUUGCCGGCAUUGUCCCGGUCUCCUCUGAUCGAAGCCGCGUCCUACUCAUCCAGUCCACCCGACGAAAUGGCUGGGUCCUGCCUAAAGGCGGCUGGGAGUUGGACGAAGCCACAGCAUCCGCAGCUGCGUGUCGAGAAGCCUGGGAAGAGGCCGGCAUUAUAUGCAACGUCGACAAAGAUUUAGGACACAUCGCCGAUACCAGACCCACUGGCGCAUUAUCCAAAAACGCCCCCAAGGCGAGCUACCACUUCUUUGAAGCCACCGUCACCGAGGAACGAGCAGAAUGGCCUGAAAAGGACAAACGUACUAGACAGUGGUUCACCUAUACUCAAGCCGUCCAACACCUCACCACCCGUCCGGAACUCUUGGAGGCCUUGAAGAGGAGUUCACUCAAGAGGUGAUACAUAGUAUAUACGGCGCCUAGGGCUCCCUUUGGACCCUUGCCAUGCCGUUUUCCUAGCGCCUCUUCGACUUGCCUGUCAUUCAUCCAAAGGCAUUGAUAGAGCAUCUGGGCCAUGCAAGAGCAUCCCAAACUCGUUCUCGUCCCGAAAACGACAGAACAGUGAUAGAUCAUAAUAGAUCAUCAACAUAGGUGCCAUGGCGGCAUCGUCCAACGUGACAAUGUAAGACUCUUGUAGGUGCCCCCAUCGUGUGUCAUGGUCACCCCGCAAUCGGUUUCUUGUUCGAACCACGACGCUAGAGAUACAUACAUACUGACACGAGUCGUAAUCGACAUGUAUGCUCAUCUAAAAACCUUCAUGACAAGCAUUCAGGUAGGCAUAGAAUGCACAACAGGUAUUACAUGAUGAUGGAUUUCUGUCGAAGACAGCAGAGAUAUGUUAGAUAGAGUAGCGUGACCGCGUCCAACUCGAGAUAGUGUGCUAUGUACAGAGAAUUGAGUCUUGAGUCUGA